GGUUGCCAUGGCGAGAGCGGUGCUGGUGCCGCUGUGGCUGUGCUGGGCCUUGGGCUGCGCCGCGCCGCCCAACGUGGUGCUGCUGCUGAUGGACGACAUGGGUUGGGGUGAUUUGGGGGCUUUUGGAGAGCCUUCUAAGGAAACUCCUAACCUAGACCAGAUGGCUUCAGAAGGGAUGCUUUUCCUGGAUUUUUAUGCUGCCAGCCCCCUCUGUUCCCCAUCACGGGCAGCGCUGCUGACGGGUCGCCUCCCGCUCAGGAAUGGUUUUUACACAACGAAUGCGCACGCCAGAAAUGCAUACACACCGCAGGAUAUAGUGGGAGGAAUUCAAGAUUCUGAAAUACUGCUUCCAGAGCUGCUGAAGAAAGCUGGCUACACCAACAAGAUCAUUGGCAAAUGGCAUCUGGGUCACAGGCCCCAGUUCCACCCCUUGAAACAUGGUUUUGAUGAAUGGUUUGGAUCCCCAAACUGCCAUUUUGGACCUUAUGAUAACAGAGCACUCCCAAAUAUCCCUGUGUACAGGGACUGGGAAAUGAUUGGCAGAUACUAUGAAGAUUUCAAAAUUGAUCUGAAGACGGGGGAAGCCAACUUGACUCAGAUUUACCUGCAGGAAGCUCUCGAUUUCAUUAGCAAGCAGCAGGCCAGCCAGCAGCCGUUCUUUUUAUACUGGGCAAUCGAUGCUACUCAUGCUCCUGUUUAUGCUUCCAAACAUUUCCUGGGCACCAGUCAGAGAGGAAGAUAUGGGGAUGCUGUGCGGGAAAUUGAUGACAGCGUUGGAAAAAUCCUAAAACAUCUUCAGAAGCUGGGUAUCAGUGAGAACACUUUCGUGUUUUUCACCUCCGAUAAUGGGGCUGCUCUCAUUUCAGCUCCUAAACAAGGAGGAAGCAAUGGUCCUUUUCUCUGUGGCAAACAAACCACCUUUGAAGGUGGCAUGAGAGAGCCAGCUAUUGCUUGGUGGCCUGGACAUAUACCUGCAGGAGGGGUCAGCCGGCAGCUGGGCAGCGUGAUGGAUCUCUUCACCACCAGCCUCUCCCUGGUGGGUCUGCAGGCUCCGAGUGACAGACAGAUUGACGGCGUCGACCUUUUACCUGCCAUCUUGCGGGGCGAGCUAAUUGACAGGCCCAUAUUCUAUUACCGUGGCAAUGAGAUGAUGGCGGUGAGAGUCGGGCUUUACAAGGCUCACUACUGGACCUGGAGCAACUCCUGGGAGGAGUACAGCAAGGGCAUUGAUUUCUGUCCUGGACAGAAUGUCUCUGGAGUGACAACACAUUUGCAGGAGGAGCACAGCACUUUGCCACUGCUCUUCCACCUGGGCAGGGACCCUGGAGAGAAAUACCCGUUAAGUUUCGCUAGUGAUGAAUACCAAGGAGUUAUGAGGCAGAUAUCUGCUGUGGUGCAGCAGCACAAGGAGACCAUGGUGCCCGGAGUGCCACAGCUCAACGUGUGCGACAAGGCUGUCAUGAAUUGGUCUCCCCCAGGCUGUGAGAAGCUAGGGAAGUGCCUGAAACCACCCAAGUCUGAUCCAAAGAAGUGCUUUUGGCCUCACUGAUCUUUCCUGCAGCCUUCAGGAGCUGCCCCAAAAGCCCUCCAACCGCCUGGACGCAGAGUUUACAAUGCAUCUCUCCUCGCGUUGGCACUCCUGUUUACCCAGGAAGGGUGUGAUGUCUGUGUGAUAUCAUCAUUUGCUCUUCCAAAAGGGACGGUGUUUAUAUUGCUGGUGCUCAGGGUUUAGCCUGUCCUCAUCUGUUGGUUUCAUCGUUUCCAUAAAUGGUAAAUUUUCAGUGAGGACUGUUUUAACUGUGAAAGAUCUUUGGACAACCCCAGCUCUGCCGUGAGCUCAGAAGCACCACGGCUGCACCUUUCCUCUGCCUUCUUCCAGCUGACCUCCGGAGUCACUGCAUCGUGUGGAUGCCCCAGCAGCAGCCAUAGGAGACUGCUCAGGAAACCUACAGCCCUGCCCAAGCUGCCCUUGUUUUCUUUGCAUAUAACUUGUUGUUCUAACAUUCCAUUUCCAUUGUGAACUCUUUGGACACCGGCUUGUUUUUGCCUGUUCUUCCUAAGCUUGCAAGCACUGGGUGCAGCCGUACGGCCCACGCUGCUGCUGUGCAUGCCUGAGUGCAAACAAGAGCUGCAUUCUCUUCUCAGCUAGGGGUCAGCACAGGCAGGAUGCCCUGCGUGUUUUCUUUCUGUGGCUGCAAAACGCUCAGCAGGUCACACUGUGAAGAAAUUUGCAGGUAGGGUUCCUGUAAGUAUCGCCUCAUUGGUGGUGUGCAGAGCAUUCCGGGGAGCUGGGGCUCUGUGUUUCACGUGUGGGAUCCUCUUCAUUUCCAAAAAUCUCGAUCCAAAUAUGGUGUAAGUCACUCUUUCAGUCUCGUGACCUGGGCCCAGCCAACUGCAGGCUCAGAAAUGCCCGUUUGCAUCACACGUUAACUCUUGACCCUGUUUCCAGCGUAUGCUCUCCGAGGAAUUCUCCUUGUGCAAACUCUCCCCCAGCCUGGGUGCAGCACUUCUCUAAACAGAGUUCAUGGUAAAUGCAGAUUCUUCGCAUAAUUUCACACUGUAAAUUGCUCACCCCGUUUCGGGUCUGUUUCUCACCCCCCUCACUGUUGCUAAUAAACGUCUCUCGAGCAGAACCUAGCAGGGUUGUUGUGGAGCUGUAAGGGAAUAGUUGGAAGCAAUGUAAGCUUGCUGUCUGCACACUGACGGGUCUGCUUCCACCCCUCCCCUGUUUGCUGCAGGACACGUGCCCUCUCCACAAGGCAUUUUGCUGCCCUGAGAAGGAUCAAGGUACUCCGUAGGGCUGCUUCCUUCCCAGGCAAAGCUGAAGCUGGCUUGAGACAUGCUGACAGCUUCUGUGUUAACCGCUCUGCCUCCUGCAGACCUCUCAACUUGUUCUCCUUGCCCACCCCAUAAUCCCAAACGCUCUCAUCCCCCCAAUUCCCAUGUUUCAUCUCCACAGUAAUUCCUAGCACCCAUCUCCUGAAGCUGGAUAAUCCUCUAAGGUUGUCAUGAGCACAGUGCUCCAGCCAACAGCAGACCCUCAGCACCUCCCUGCCCGCAGGCUGUGUGCCAUCCCAGCCCCUACCUGCCCUUACCAAGAGCCAGAGGCGUUCCCAGCCCAAGGCUCCAUUCUUACCACAAAUAAAGAUACCACCAGACGAGGGAGUCCGGCACCACGGCCGCCUGCACGCCGCUGUCAGCUCUCCAACAGCUGUGAGCGUCUGCUGCAAACUGCAACAGCUUCAUCUCUGCGCGCUGCCUGUGAGCAGAUCCCAGGGCUGCAGCUCUGCUGGGUGCUCCCCCAGACACCCUGCCCAGCUCUCAGCCUUUGCACCGUGCACAUGGUAAGCGUGCCACGUGCUGGGAGCCACGCGCCCUGCCUGCUGCUUCAUUCUUGUCUCUCUUGCAGCUUGCAGUUUUGAAGACACUGCUUUUUUCCUCCUCUGCGUUACUUGCUUGGGCACGGCAGCCCGCGCUCAGUGUUUGGUUACUCAGCACACAAAGUCUCCAUCCUUUACUGAAAUAGUCCCUCGGUGCAUAGACACUGGAUGUAAACUUUGCACUACGAAGCUGGCUGCUGGAAAUGACUUGAAGUUUGUUUACUUAAUUGCUUUGCGUUUGGUAGCUAGGAAAGAUCAAGCUUCGUAGAAAGAAGCGACUGCUUUAAAUAAGAACAGUCGUUCUACAGCUGGACAGCUGGGCAGCACUUUAAAUCAAUGCCUUUCCCAAAGAUGUACUGAUUUUAAUAUUGAAGUGAAAUGAGGAGCCAAGGAAAAGAAGCAAACGGAUUUAUCAGUGAGGAGUCGGAGGGUUUGUCUGCACACACCUGUGGACAGCUGGCACCUCGGUUCUCACAGCUCUGCCUCCUGGAUCACGGGAGCUGGCCGAGCUUAAAAAUAACUUGUUUUGUUUUCCUUGCAUUAUUUUUAACACGGAUCAAUUACCCAACCCACACAGCUGCCCGGCGCACUUUGGAGGCAGGGGUGGGAGUGAGCUGAGCGCACAGCCGUGGCACCAACCCCGCCAGCCUGCAGCCUGCAGGCAGCCCUUGUGCCCCUCAUCGUUACCCCGAGCUCUGAUCCACGUGAUGGCUGCCUGCUGUGGGGCUCCUGGCUUUGCAGGGGCUGCGUGUGCCAUAGCUGAGAGCCAGGCCCCUUUCCUGGUGGGAUUUAGUGGCCUGCAGCAGGGCUGCUCCCCUGGUGGCUUCCUUCCUCAGGCCGCGAGCUGAAGGAGAGCUGGUGUCAUUCUAAGGCUGCUGCUGUGCCACGUUCCUGUCUUUAAAUACGUUUAAAUACGUCUCCUAAAUGCUGAAAGCUUCACAUCUGCUUGGGCUGAGAGUCCGAGGAAUUCCUGCCUUUAAUUUCCAAUUAGCUGAGCCUCUUGAGUCGCCCUCCUCUGCCCCAGAGGCUCUGUUAUCAUCCCACCCUCCGUGCAGAGAAGCUUCUGAGAUGGAUGUCAGUAAUAAAGUCCUGCUGCAUUUACAGUCCGCAGCUACAAAAAUGGAGCCUGGCUUUAAAAGCCUGCAGUGACAAAUGGAUUGUUUCGGUGGCAAAUUAAGUCUCCGUGGACCAACAAUUUGGGGAGGAGAACGCUGGGAUUGGAAUGCAGAAGAUCAAUUCCAAACACUUAGAGCCAAGGUUAAUGCCCUGCAAACAGAGCGGAGUGCAGUGAUGGCAGAUAACGUGCCUCCGUGUUUCAACUGCCAAGCAGAGGAGCGCCGUGUUAGGAGCAAAAAUGGGAAAGUUUGGAGCAGAACACGAGAGACAGAGCACGGAUUUGCUGUUCUGUGCUGUUUGGGACUGAGCUUUCAUGCCAGCACUGAGGGUGACAGUGUGCUUUUACUCAAGGCACUGGAGCUGACCCUGCUGAGAAGGGAGAUGUUGAACUGGGGGCACCUGUGUGGUUCUGCAAGAAAGCAAAGCAGCCGAGAUGAACAUCUGAAGGCCUGAGAAGACUUGCACCAAGGAGAUCUUUGCAGGCACAGCAUGAAGUCAUUGCAGAAGAAAGACCUUUCAAAGUGCCUGCGUUUCCAAAGCUGAAAUUGAAACGAAGCGUUCCGGAGGAUUUGGAUGGAAAUUUGAGUUCUCGUUUCCCCUUGUGGGGUAUGUUGAAAUUUGGGGCAUUUUGUUCCACUUCACGCUGAAGUUUUAACAUCCUGAACGGAACAGAAACUUCCACGCUCAGCGCAGCUCUUCUAAUUGCCCCGUGAAGCUGAUUAGAGUCAGCUCCGAAGCCUCCAUCCAAACAGUUGCUGUGUUCUAACAACAUCUCUCACAUCGGGAUCUUAAAGCGCUCAUCCACGCUUGGGAAAGAGGGGCAAAGGUGUUCUCCCCCUCCUGCGGUGCCAUCCAGGGAGGCAGAUGUGGGGCUGCAGCCCUCCCCGAUCCGACAGCUCCCCAUGAUGCGAUAUUCCAGAGCUGAAGCCCUUUGACAUCACCGUUGGAAAUUGGUCCUAGGAAAGUUCUUUUCGGAUGGAAACUGCGGUAGGAGUCAGCCCUGUUGUUUGAAAAGUUGAACAAUUACAGGGAAACUCGUUUACUUCUGGAUGUUAAAAUCGGUCAGUGCAGCCCUCCGAAAUGAGGGAUUGAUUAACGAGGUGCAGUGCUGACAAAAAGCCUGGAGAAAUGUUCUUAAACCCGAGCUGGCACGUUGCGUCAUUUCUGGCAGCUGGAGGCUUGGUGUAACCUUCCGUAGCAUCGGUGCAAGGCCUGGGAACCUCGUGUAGCUGCUGGAAAACACUGCUGUCCUAUGGGCUGUCACUGCAAAACCAGGUGAGGUGGAACCUGCAGCGUGUGGUGGGCUGGCACAGGGCAGGGCUGCCUGGCCAUGGCACCGCGGGCAGGGGGGCGGCAGGGUCCCUUCCCAUCGCCUGCUUAUUUCCAUGGCUAGGCAGAGCAAUUCCAUCGCUUCCAUCCAGCAGGAAGAAGAGAGGAGCUGCCGGAACGGCUGACAUCUGGGAUUGUCGUUGGUGGGAUGACAAAAGAGCAAAACCCUUCCAGUUGUUCUGCGGGAGCACGGGUGCAGCGCGGCGCCUGUUCCAGCGCGUGGCCUCUUGCCACAGCUGUGUUUGCUUCGCUGGAACAGCUGUUAGGAUUUUUCUGGUGCCAAGGAGAUAAUCUGACUUCAGGGAAAAUGUUACUCUGCGAGGGAACGGUUGUGGAAGGAGGCACGCUGAGCUCCUGUGUGGGCUGCCCUGGCAAAAAAGCCUGGCGAGGAAUGGAGCAACCUCUGAGCUGACCUUCAGCUCGCCCCAGCCAUCCAGCACACAGGUGCCUUCAACCAGAGGGCCAAAGAGACCCUAUGGAUGGAGAAGGAGGGAGGUGGAGCAGUGGAGGAUUCAGCCUGCAGUCUCCUAGAGGCUGUGCAUCGAGAGCUGGAAAUGCAACAGCGUGGGGGCGAUGCGGGCAGAACCCUCACUGUGCAAGAGCCCCAUGUGACAGCUGGGAGGUGCAGGGGCAGCUCUGUGUCCGCAGCCAGGCUGCUGCAGUCCCUGUCAGUGGCAGGCACCACACUCAGCUGGGGUUUUGCAUGCUAGAGCUGUCUUUGCUUUCAGUGGGCAGCUGUACCUGGGUGCAUUUGGUGCAGAUCCAGGUCAGAUCUGCUAAUGGAAAAGGAGAUCUGCAAUCAUUCGGCAGCGCAUCUCCUGCCCGCGAUGGAUUUUGCAUGGGCAAAUGGCAAUUCCCACUGCAGGAGGUGGAACUGAGGGCUGUGCAGGAGCACCAUGACUGCCUCGCCAACCAGAACCGCAGAAUGGCCUGGGUUUCAACCCCCUGCUACGUGCAGGGUCACCAACCAGCAGAUCAGGCCGCUGGUGCUCAGCUGGCCCAGGACCCAGGGCGCUCUGCUGCGUCCAUCUGCUCUGAUCGUAACCCAAACGGCUCUUAACAAACGCAAGCGACAUCAGCCCCCUGUUGAAGGAUCCUGUAGCUUUCAAGGCUUUGAUUGAUCUUCUGGAAGAUCACCUGAGGGCCUCCUUCCCC